GACUCAAAGCGUCUGAAGCUGCUGGAAGGAUCCGGAAGUGCCGGAGAAGUAAAGGUGUGGAGUCACGUGAGUCACGUGUGUCCCCGGCGCAGGUGAGGCUUCCGCUGAGUCCCGUCCCGUCCCCCCACGAAGUACAAAUACUUCGUUACAUUACUUAAGUAGACAUUUGGUGUAUCUAUAUUUUACUGGAGUAUUAAUUUUUCAGACGACUUUUUACUUCUACUCGGUACAUUUAAAAAAAGCCUCGUUACUUCCGGCUUGUCAUCGUUCAAUAACACGCACACAAAACAACCCGUCCAGAUAAAUCGCGCCACCCGGAUCGAGUGAGUGUGAUUGUGGUUGGAUGAGAAGUGUAAACAUUCAGACGCCCGGUUGGUCGUCCAGACGCCCGCGAUGCGCCUGCAGACCGGAGCCGGUGGGACGCGCUCGGUGGUCGGAGCUGCUCUCAGUGGGUAUUUAGCGGCAUGGACCCUCCUCCUCAUGCACAGCCCGGAACGCUAAACGUGGGUUUUUCUGUAAAUAUUUUUUUCUAACUUUAUUGAGAAUGUGGCGCUCAGCGACUUAAAUGAAGUGACGUGUGUCUUAAUGACUCAUAAAGCCUGAAAAAAUGGGUUAUUCGGCCAAUGUUUUGAUAUUCGACCGCAGUCAGUUCAGUGUUUCCCAUCAUUCUAAGAGCCGGAAGAAGUCCGACCCCUCCCACCGUGACGUACCUGACGUACCUGACGUACCUGAUCAAUGGGAACAACGCGUGGACGUCCUGUCAUUUAGCCGCCACUGCAAAUGCUUUAUACUUUAAGUAGUUUUGAAACCAGUACUUUUACACUUUGAAGUAAAAAUCUUGAGUUGAUACUUCAACUUCCACAGAAGUCUUUUUAAACCGGAGUAUCUACACUUCUUGUUGAGUAAUGCAUGUGAAGACUUUUGACACCUCUAGUGAGGCAACACUCUGCGUCAUCGGCACCAUAAUGGAAAACCCCGCGCGAGCGCCUGCAGAUAAAAAGUCCAAACGGCUGCAAAUGGAAGCUGAAAGAGACUUUAGCGAGUUUACCGGCGGACAGACACCGGGACACCGCCAGCGACCCCGACAGACAUGAACCCAGCAAUUGUCUCCACUCUGCUGCACUGCUUCCUGUUGGCAGAUUUCCUCCAAUCAGCUCCAGUCGUCUCUCCCUCCGACCCUGAGCCGCUCAGGGAGGCGGUUGAGCGAGCAAAGACUCUAGUGGAUAAAAUUCUGAGAGACGUCUCCAUUGUGCACAGCGCCACCGUCACCAUGGAGGGUUUGACCCUUGACUCCGCCCACCCAACUAACCUGCAGAUGAUGGUGACAUCACUGGGCAUCCCCCCCGCCCCCGUCCUCAAACCGCUGUCAGAGCACUUUACACUGGACGUCUGUGUGAGCCGCAUGUCAUCGGGCAUCCUGCUGUACCAAAGGCUGCUGGGAGUUUUAUCUGAUCGAGUGAGCGGCCUGAGCGACCUGCAGGCCGACCUGAGGGACCUACAGACACACGUCGCCACGGUGAGAGAGGUGGCUCAACUCAGGGACCCUGAGCUGGAUGAGAACCAGAACCAGAGGCCCGACCUGGCCUCCCGUCUCCAUGGUAACUACAAGGUGCAGAUUGCGACUCACCUGACGUUGACUCAUCUCCGCUCCUUCUGUCACGACUUGAUCCGCAGCCUGAGGGGCGUCGGCAUUUACAAGCCGCGCCCUGCAGGUACGGACUAAGCCACGCCCACCACACGGGAACAAGGCGGGGGACACGUUAAGGGGACACGGCCAGCAUCUAAAGAUCGCACCUCUGUGAAGGCUUCACUGCAUCAUAGGAGACAUUUCAUAGCAAGAUGAUGAUCAUGUUCUGGACUGGAUGACAGUCUGUCGAGCCUCUGGUGGCAACACUAGCAGCCACAACAAGCUAACACGCUAACUUGCUGGUGAACAGCUGUUCGGGUAGCCGGAGUCCUUUUUGCGUCAAUUAAUUGAAUUGUCAGAAUCUUUCUAAAUACCGUGAUAUGGAUUUUUGGCCACACGCAGAGCCCGACUCUGAGUGUUGGGCCUUUCUUCAGAGACCAUCUUUCAGACUUUUCUUUUUGGAUGUUUCUUUUCAAACCAAGGACUUUUAUUGUGAAAGACUCCUGUGAGCUUUGUGUAAACGAAGACAGGAAUGUAGAGAUGAACAAACUGAUCUGAGGUCUGCAGGUCUGAACUCGUCCUGCUAUUUUCAACUCCGCGUUCAGGGGAACGACAGACAUUGAUCAGUAAUCAAUCAGCAACAAACCCAUUGGACCCAAAGGUCAAACUCCUGAAGUUCUCUGGGGACUCAACGCAGAUCACUGCAGACCUUCACACCCUGUUCAGUCACCAAAACCACCAGAGUCACCAGACUCAGAUUAACACCACAAAUCAUGUGUGUAUAUAUAUAUAUCAAUAUACAUAUCUAAUAUAUAUAUAUAUAUGUAUGUAUAUAGCUAUAUAUUAGAUUUUAAUUAACUUAACAAUGUAUAAAUAAAUAUAUCAAAUUAAAUACAAAUAAAGUGCACAGGAAAAUGGAUAACAAUACUAUACACAAGUGUGUGUAAAGGUGAUAAUGACUAAUGUUUAUAUACAUAUAUUUAUAAAUACUUAUUUAGUCAUUUAUAUUUAUUGAUUGUUAUUAAUAUUAUUCAAUAUUUAUUGACUUUCUCAUAUUAUUUAUGUUGAAAUAUUUAUUUAACUUUUGAGUGUAUUCCGUUUAAAUGUUUGUUUGAAAUAUUUGAUGAUUUCAUAGCAGCGAUGAUGUCAUGUUGUGUGUGAAAGAUAUUCGUAUUAUCGUUAUAGAUUAUUUACUGUAUUUAUUUGUCAGACCAAGAAACUAAUUUUAUCGAUUUAUGUUUGUUCAUAAUAUUUUACAAUAAACAUA